AUGUCAACAACUAUUCCUUCAAACCCUAUACUUAUCGUUGGUGGUGGAUUAGCUGGUCUUUCUGCUGCUCAUCAAGCAUAUCUUCGUGGUGCCAAUAUUGUUUUAUUAGAUAAAGAAAGUUUUCUUAGUGGUAACAGUGGGAAAGCAACUUCAGGUAUCAAUGGUGCCUUGACCAGAACCCAAGUCAAUUUAAAAAUUCCUGAUUCAGUAGAACAAUUUUAUCAAGAUACAUUAGCUAGUGCUAAAGACCGGGCCCAUCCAGAGUUAAUUAAAGUUUUAACUUAUAAUUCAGCUGAUGCGGUUCAUUGGUUACAAGAAGUUUUUGAUUUAGAUUUGACGGUUGUUUCUAGAUUAGGAGGACAUUCUCAACCUAGAACCCAUCGUGGGCAUGAUGCCAAAUUUCCUGGAAUGGCAAUCACCUAUAGAUUAUUGGAGAGAUUGGAAACUCUUGCUGAAACUGAACCUGAUCGUGUUGUUAUUCUUAAGAAUAGUCAAGUUAUUGAUUUAAUUUUGGAAGAUGAUAAUAAAGUUGUUGGUGUCAAAUACAAAAAUUUGAAAGAUAAAUCUAAACAUGAAUUACAUGGACCAGUGAUUUUACUGACUGGUGGAUAUGCUGCUGAUUUUACGAAAAAUAGUUUAAUCAGAAAGUAUCGACCAGAUAUCAUUGAUUUGCCUUCUACAAAUGGUGGACACGCUACUGGGGACGGUCAGAAAAUCGUCCAGAAAAACAAGGGUCAAGUUUUGGAUAUGGAUAAAAUUCAAGUACAUCCAACUGGACUUAUUAGUUAUAAGGAUAAAGAUGUUGUUGAAAGGAAAAAAACGCCACGAUUCUUGUUUCUUGGUGCUGAGGCCUUACGAGGUGAAGGUGGGAUAAUUUUCAAUUCUAAAGGUGAACGAUUUGUUGAUGAAUUGGGAACUCGUGAUUGGGUAUCUGGAGAAAUGGAUAAACAAAUUAAACAAGGCAAUUUCUCAAUUCGAUUAGUUUUAAGUGAAAAAGCUGGUGAAAACUUAAAAUUCCAUGUAAAACAUUAUACUCAAAGAGGGUUAAUGAGGACAGUUUCUGGUAAAGAACUUGUUGAAGAGAUUGGUUGCUCUGAAGACACUAUUAAAAGGCAACUCGAUACUUACAAUGAUGCUGCCUCGGGUGCCAUCAAGGAUCCAUUUGGGAAAAAGUAUUUCCCAGCUACACCUUUUGAAUACUCUCCAGAUGCCAAGUAUCAUGUAUCGUUUAUUACUCCAGUUCUUCACUUUACAAUGGGUGGUGUGAAAAUCAAUGACAAGACCCAAGUUAUUGCUUCCAAUGAUAGUCCAUUUGAAGGAUUAUAUGCUGCUGGUGAAGUCGCAGGGGGUGUUCAUGGCCACAAUCGUUUAGGUGGAUCUUCGUUGUUGGCAUGUGUUGUUUAUGGGAGAUUAGCUGCUGAUCAAGCUUCUAGUUACAAGUUCCAUAAAUUGAGUUUUGGUGAUGGUGACAACAUUGCUUCUGCUAGUCAAAGAUUGAAAAUGAUCAACUUACAUAUUGAUCCUAGUAAUGGUAGAAUUAUUAUAGACACUAAUGGAAAUGUCCCUGAAAAUCAAUCAACCUCAAACCUGACUAAUGGUGCUUCAGCUGCUGCACCACAAAAGAAAACCCCUAAAGAACCCAAAACAUUUUCAGUUCCUGACAAGGAAUUUACUGCUGAAGAGGUUGCUCAACAUAAUAAGCCUAAUGAUUGUUGGUGUAUUAUCAAAAAUGUAGUUCUUGAUUUAACUCCAUUUUUGGGUGAUCACCCUGGAGGUAAAGAAUCAAUUGCCAAUUUUGCAGGAAGAGAUGCCACUGAAAGUUUUGCUAUGUUGCAUGAUGAUGAUUUCAUCCCCAAGUAUGUUGCUAGUUGUGUGUUGGGUAGAUUGAAAGGUAAAACACCAGAGUUACAAUUGUAG